UUAUUCAUCUAUGCUCGUGGACUUGACUUUUAGGGUGAACCUGAUUAUGAAUUCCUAAAGGAACUGUUCUAGAAAUAAUUACAAUAGGAAUAGUAUACAUAAUAAGGCUUGGGUACAUUAGAAUACGAAUGGGAGAGAUUUCCAGAGAUCAAGAAACGUAAGUCUAGAUUAUGGACAAAUUAAUAAAAAUAAAAAAUAGGUAUUAUUUAUAAUAAUUAGAAAAACUAAUAUAAAUAGGAGUAGAUUCUGAUAUUCGUAAAAGUAGUGAGGAUAAAGGUUAAGAACAAAAAGGUAGUUCAUUUUUGAAUUUACCAUUUAAGGAAUAAGCUCUUGAUUCUUUAUCACCUGAUAUUAAAAAUAAAUAAAGCAGAGUAUUAAUAUAUAUAUGAUAAUAAGAAUAUAAGUUAGAAUAUAUCUAGUUUUGGAACUAGUUAGAUUAAUAAUUAUUAGAUAAGUUAGAUUGAUAAAUUCAAGAGAUUUCCUACUGAAAGAAAAGAUUAAAGAAAUAAUACAAUAGAUACUUAGAAAAAAGAAAGAGAAACAAGUCCAAAUUAAAAGAUAUUUAUCAAAUAAACAACUACUAAAACAGAGAGGAAAAUGGCAUUUUUUGAAAUAGAUAAUGAUUAUAGAGAUUUUGAUCAUAUUGAUUAGAUUGCAGAUGAAGAAGUUAAUAUUGUGUUUUCCAACAUAAUUCCUAAUCUGGGACGUCAUAAAUCUAUAUUAGAUCUCUGA